UUUCCGAAUAGUUUUGCAUUUCAUUCAAUCUCACUCACUCGUAUAUAUUAUUCAACAUCUCUAUACAUCACUCCACUCACAAUAUGUUCGUAUUAUCAAACAAUGUUGUCUGUUGUCUCGCAUUAAUAUUUUGUCUUUUACUUACAAAUAUCGGUUUUACUUCACUAAGUGUUUUUAAAUGGUUUUUUAAAUUUCAGUCAAUGAAUGAGUAUCGGGACGAACAGAUGCAUAACGUAGGACAAACGAUUCAACAAUAUUUUCCAAAGUGUAAAUUCUUGUCGGUGUGUUUUUGAACUCCAUCAUUAAUUGCUCAUUUGCGCAUAACGGAACACGUUUAACAAGUUUAAAACUGAAAUUGAAGUCUCUCUAAAAAAUUAUAAAUAAGUUCAAUCGACUCUGGCGAAAACAAGAUAAGAUAUUCAAUCCGUUAAGAUCGCACACGACUUUCGAAGAAAUACGUUGAAUCAUUCCAACAGAUAAAUAUUGAAAUAUUUUCAUCCCACCAGCUAUCUGCAAUCAGUAAAUUCCAUCGAGAAAGUGAACACCGGACGAAAGUACGGAAGAAUACAAAAUGAAUAUCACCAAAGAUAACAUAAUUAUUCGCGUUGCAAAUGAAAAUGACGCCGAAGACACCCUGAAAUUCCUUCGAAAAUACUAUUUCACCGAAGAACCCAUUACUUUGGGCAAUGACCCGAAACAGCAAUCGCCCGAAGAUGAGGACUUUCACAUCUCACUGUUAUCAAUUGGUGCGUCAAUUGUAGCAAUUGACACUGAUCGUAAUGGCCAAAUUGUUGGGGCUGUACUUGCCGGACCUGUUGAACCAACCGAAGCUGAUGAUAUGCUCGACGAAGCAAAAUCAUGCAAAGACAAAAAGUGGUCAGAAAUUUUGUAUUUGCUGGCACAUCUGGACAUACAGGCGAAUAUUUACGAACGUUACAAUGUCAAUCGUGCGCUUCACGUGCAUGCCUUAGCUGUACACAGUCGAACUCGUGGACAAUCUAUCGGUCGGAGAAUGAUGGAAAAAUGCAUGGAGAAUGGGAGGAAAUUGGGAUAUCCGUUGUUGUGUGCCGAUUGUUCUAGUGUUUAUUCUAUUCGGAUGGCCGAGAAAUUGCAUAUGGACUGUAUUGGCUCAUUGGCAUAUGAGGAUUAUAGAGAUGACAAUGGUAGACAAGUGUUUCGACCGCCACAUCCGCAUACACACAUAAAAACGUUUGCGAUAAUUCUGUGAAAAUUACACUGAAGAACGGAGACUAUUGAUGUGUGUGAAGUAUCUGCGAAAAAAACCUGCGAAUUUUAAAUAUCCAAAAUUUGUUUCCUUGUACAAAGGCUU